AUGCCUUCACUCUACGUCACUAUUGUUAUGGUAUUUGUGACCGCCUGCACUGCAGAUCAAAUGUCGGUGAAUACCGAGUGCGGCGGAGGAUUUGGCAUCCAAGACUGCGAUCACCGCAAUGGAGCAUUCUAUACUGACUAUGGAACUUAUGGUGUUGAUGCCAGCGAUGGCUGUAGAGCCACAAAGGUGCCAUCAAUGACGCGUCUAUGUGUGGACUGGAAGAAUAAGCGGGCACAUUUCACAUUCAGUAACCAAAACAAGCGAUGUCUCCUUCAGAGAUCAAGCACUCCGUACGGUUGUUCUGCCGAUAAGUGCUUGCAUUCAGAAUGGGAUGAAGUUGGUUGCACCUGGUGA